GGCAAUAUACGUUUGGUAUUUUUCCAACUGUAGUAGUUUGUGUCAUCAUUCAGUCGUCGGAUAAUUUUGGACGCAGACGGCGAGGUGUGCUCUCCGGGUCACUGUAAACAACUUCGCUCUCUAACCACGAAAGAAAACUCACUAAAUAAAAAUAUGGCUGGCAAGGGACAGUUGUCUUCGAAAGAGAUCUUUGCUCUGGAGGACCAGUACGGGUGCCGCAACUAUGGGCCUAUCCCCGUAGCUCUGACCCGUGGUGAAGGUGUUUUCGUUUGGGAUGUCGAAGGAAAAAAGUAUUACGACUUCCUGAGCGCGUACUCCGCGGUGAACCAGGGACAUUGUCACCCAAGAAUCAUCGCUGCUCUUAAGAAACAGGCUGACAGCCUUACUCUAGUUUCCAGAGCUUUUUACUCUGAUAAACUGGGGCCUUAUGAGAAGUUUAUGACUGAACUUCUGGGCUUCGAUCGUCUGCUGCCGAUGAACACUGGUGUGGAAGGUGGUGAAAGCGCGUGCAAGAUCGCCAGAAAGUGGGGUUACGAUGUCAAGAAAAUUCGCGAGGGACAAGCCAAGAUUAUAUUCGCCGAGGGUAACUUCUGGGGCCGCACACUGUCCGCUGUGUCAUCAUCAUCAGACCCCUCGUGCUACAAAGGCUUCGGCCCGUACAUGGCUGGCUUCCACUUAGUUCCUUACAAUGAUGUUGACGCUUUAGAGAAAGAGCUGCAAGACCCGAAUGUCGCGGCGUUCAUGGUUGAGCCUAUCCAAGGCGAGGCGGGUACAGUGAUCCCAGAUGACGGCUACUUAAAGAAAGUCAGGGAGCUCUGCACUAAGUACAAUGUCCUUUGGAUCGCCGACGAAGUUCAAACCGGUUUAGGUCGUACUGGAAAGUUAUUGGCGGUUGACCACGAGGGAGUGAAACCCGACAUCCUUAUUCUCGGGAAAGCACUCAGCGGGGGAUUACUGCCAGUGUCUGCUGUUCUAGCUAGCCACAGUGUUAUGGAUGUUAUUAAACCCGGUACUCAUGGGUCAACAUAUGGUGGCAACCCUCUGGCUUGUGCUGUUGCUAUGGAAGCUGUUAAGGUGCUAUUAGAAGAGAAAUUGUGUGAAAACUCCGAGAGACUUGGAAAAAUUUUGAUUGAAGAGUUGAAUAAAAUACCAAAGAACAAGAUUACCACCGUGAGGGGAAGAGGACUCAUGUGCGCUAUCGUUGUACACGACAGUAUUCCGGCAUACGACGUGUGCCUUAGACUGAGGGAUGCUGGCCUGUUGACCAAGACCACUCACGGCCAGACCAUCCGUUUGGCGCCACCGCUCGUCAUCACUGAACAGCAAAUCAAAGAUGGCGUCAACAUUAUCCGCAAAGUUUUUGACAGCUUUGACAAUUAAUGUCACUAUAGUACAGUUCUACCUAUUAUUAUACUCAAGUCAGGAGAACUAUUACAUUUGUAAUGAGCUAAUUAGACGCCUGCAGAAGUGGCGUGAGUGCAAUGUCCAAAAUUAAAUAUUUAAUUUAAUAUGUUACCAAAAGAACGGCUCAUGCACUGACUUUAUUAUAUAUUUCGGAUAAUAACGUUUAGUAUUCAUGAUUUAUGACUGAAUUGUAUCAAAAUGUUUAAUAAAUAUUGUUCGGAUUGUCUAAGUCUGUCUCAAAUUUUAAUAUACGUUCAUACCCUAUUUAUUUUAUCAUUGUUAUUUGUAAGGAUUUAUCUUUGUAAAAUGUAUAAGAUAAUAAACGUUAAACUUGA